GCUCUGGUACUUGAAUCAAAUAAAUAAUGGUUUUAAAUAGAUGUUCUGGUCUUCUUCAUUCUUUUUCAGGCCAAUAUUGCAGAGCUCUAACUCUCUCUCAAGGUUAUUGCUUCCCUGGUUUGUUUUGUGGAGGGUGAAGGGCUGGCUAACUUGGCUCAUAUAUAAUAUUUCCUUUAAUUGAUUGAAUAGUUCGUGAUUGAUUUCCAUUAUACCUCCAAGAAACCAUAUUUUACUGCCAAAUUUUGAGCUCUCUCAAACUCAAGCAUUGCAGGCUUUGCUCUUCAUCUUCAUACUUGAAUCUUUGCUCAAUCACACAGUGGGUCAGUUAGAAGAUUCUCUCAAACUCAGUCCUUGUAAGCAUCCUUUAUCAUCUUCCAUAUUUGAUCAAUCACGAAGGUAAAAAUCCUUUUUAUCAGCUGCCUUUUAAUUCUUACUUAUGCAUUCUUAGGUUAGAUGAGUUGUUUUCUGAAAGCAAGUAAACGGCGGAAUGAGGAACCAUUUCUGAGGAAUGGAGCAAUUUUGUUGGAAAAGUUGAUUGCGUCCUGUAAUGGUAAAUGUAAUCCGAUCCGUGGAUUCAGUGCCGAGGAGAUGAAGACAGCAACAAACAACUAUGAUCCACAUAAUAUUAUAAAAGAAGACAGCUACUUUUUAUUGUACAGAGGUUCUCUGCAGGACCGGCCAGUUUCUGUUAUGAAGUUUUUUUCACGGGGUUUACGGGACGCAGACCAAUGUAGUUUUAAUACCAUUGUAUUUGCAUCACAAAUGAGGCACAAAAAUAUUUUGAAGUUGAUUGGAUGUUGUCUAGAGAGUCAGGUGCCCAUUCUAGUUUUUGAAUGUGUGCAGCGUUGGACUCUUGACAAUAGUAUUUAUCGUUCACGUGAACCACACUUGUCAUUAACACACAGGUUCAAGGUUGCAAUGGAGAUAGCUGAUGCAGUUGCGUACCUCCAUUGCGGGUUCUCUCGACCUAUUGUUUGUCGAACAAUCAAACUAUCGAAUAUUGUGUUCCAUGGAGAAAAUAUUGCCAAAUUAUUUGAUUUUGGACUCUCCAUAUCUAUUCCAGAAGGUGAAACUCACAUAGAAGAUCGAGUGGUAGCAACAUGUGGAUAUGCUGCUCCUGAGUAUGUGACAACAGGUAAAUUCAAUGAAAAGUUGGAUGUCUAUAGUUUUGGUGCAUUGCUACUUGAGCUUUUAACCGGACAGAGAUUUCUUGAUGGUCAUCGAGUUGAUGUGGAUUUGGAGCAUUUUGUGAAAAGAUACAUUGAGCAAAAUAGGUUUACCGAGAUAGUUGAUCCCAGAAUUGUUGAUACUGGACUAUCUCCCGAAAAAGAAGAGCAAUUGAAAGCAUUUCAAGAGCUUGCCUUUAAAUGUCUCUAUCGUUCAGAGGUAGAUAGGCCAACUAUGGUUGAUGUAGCAAAACAACUCAGGAAAAUGUAUAAAUCUGCAUGUCAAUUAAUGUCUUAAAACAUAUGCUCAUAGUUACAAAGUCCUGAAUUAUUGUGUAUUCAUGUAAGGCUUGAAAUGCCAUUGUAAUAGACCUGUCCUGCAUAAUUUUUGUUUUGGUAUUUAUAUUUUCUUUGUUUCUAUAGAACAUCUAUUCGUUCA